AUGAUAACCCUAUCAAAAAAUCAAAUGAAAACUACUGGAUCGAAGGUUGAGGAUGUAUCAAAAGAAUGGAUACUUGAACCUGAACAUGAAUAUCGCUUUGAAGUCGAUUUUAGUACUAUCGUUAAAUUAAAGUUAAUCUCUGGUACAGCAGAGAUUUAUGGUACAGAGAUAGGAAUAGGUCCUGAAUAUGAAUUUUCGGGUCGUAAAAUUGCAUUAUUUACAUGGCAUGGAACUUGUAGUGUAGAAUAUGUAGCAAAUGAAACACCAAUGACAAGUUAUCUUAAUAUGCAUUUAGCACUUGAACAAUUUAGAGAAGAAACUAAAGUUAGAGAUGAAGUUGGACCUAAAGUUUUAAUAGUUGGACCUGAAGAUGUAGGAAAGACUUCUUUAAGUAAGAUAUUACUUUCAUAUGCCCUUCGUCAGGGAAGACAACCAAUAUUUGUUGAUUUGGAUGUUAAUGAGGGAUCAGUCACAAUGCCAGGAACAUUGACAGCAACACCUAUAAAUCAAAUUAUAGAUGUAGAAGAAGGAUUUGGGUCAUCCACAACAACUUUACCAUUUUUAGGUUCAUCAAUGAUUCCAAUAACUUAUUAUUAUGGAUAUUCAGAUCCAGGAGAAAAUGUUAAACUUUAUAAAAUGUUAACAGCCAAAUUAGCUAAUACUGUGAAAUUAAGGAUUGCCAAUGAUAAAGAUGCUAAAACUUCUGGAAUUGUGAUUGAUACUAGUGGUUUGAUAGAUAAUAUUGGUUAUGAAAUUAUUCAACAUUGUGUUGAUUGUUUUGAAGAACGUCCAGGAAUUAAUGUUUUGAAAUUGGCUAAAUCUGGUGGGGUAGUCGAUCGAGAUAAAACUUUUCGUCGUCAAACCCAAAUGCGUAAAAUUCGUGAAUAUUUUUAUGGAUUACCAAAAUUUGAAUUAUCUCCGUGUUCAACUUUAAUUAGUUUAAAUGAAGUAUUUAUAUAUCGUGUUGGAGUUGCAUUACCAAUCGGCAUUGAUCGAAAAGUUAGUGAAACUCAAUUAGUAAAAGUAGAACCUGAUGACUCAAUACGUCAUUCAAUCUUAGCACUCACCUCGGCAAAUAGUCCGGAUGAACAGAAUGACCAUAUUAGCACCUUGUCCUGGUCGUUUACCAAAGCAAUAUUUGAUAAUGGGUUCAUAUAA